AUGGUCAUUAAGUCUCUCCUCAUACUUCCGAGUCUCAUCCCCUGCAUACUGGCAGCAUGUAACACACAGUCCCCCUUCUACCCACCUCCAGGUUACAACCGCCAGGCCUCCGAGAUAUGGGAGACCCUCGGCAAAGUCGAAGCCGCGCUGUCGACUCUUGUCCGCAGCUCUACAGACCUCAAUAGAUCAUCUUAUUCAAUCGAGGUGACCUCAUCAAAUUCUACAUUAUGGUCGACGUUCCAUACAGCAAAGGAGAAGAAUGCCACCCGACCUGGAGCUGAGACCGUCGAUGAGACCAGUCGCUAUCGCAUCGCAAGCAUCACCAAGGUCUUUACUGUGCUGGGGAUACUCCAGCAACAUGCCGCCGAGAACCUCUCCCUCACAGACACGGUGGAUAAGUACCUCCCUCGCGACCGCAGAAAUGAAAUUGCCGGUAGCAUGCAGUGGGACAAAAUAACACUCCAAUCUCUGGCAAGCCAACUCUCUGGCGUCCCGCGCAACUGGACCCCAGACGCUCUGCCGAAAUGCGAUUCUCACAAGGACCCCCAUUCCUGCACCGAGGAACUACUCGAUAUCCUAGCAAGCAGACCGGCCUUGUUCGCACCAAAUGCCAAAUCGACAUAUUCCAACAUCGCCUUCGAGCUGCUGGGUCUCGUGCUCGCAAACGUGACCGGCACCACCUACGAGGAAUACAUCACGACCUCCAUCCUCCAGCCCCUAGGCAUGUCCCAGUCAUCCUUCGCCACACCCCCGGACAGCGUCUCCGUGCUCCCCAAGGGCGACUCAUGGUACUUCGACGUUGACAUGGGCGUGGAGAACCCCUCGGGCGGCCUAUACGUGCCCUCGAAGGACAUGUCGACCUUCCUCCGCUACAUCCUCGCGAACUACAGGGACAUCGCCGAUACGAAGCUAAACUGGCUGCUCCCUGGCUCCUUUAUGGCAGGGAUGGGCAACUUCUACGGCAUGCCGUGGGAGAUCUUCCGCACGGACAAGAUCCUUCUAGCGGACGGCGGCCAGGCGUGUGGAGGCAGGCCAGUGACGUUCUUUACCAAGGAAGGCGGGCACCCGGGGUACAGGACGCUGGUCCUCCUUGUGCCGGAGUAUGACCUUGGCAUCACCAUUUUCACCGCUGGGGACCGGUGGUUCCUGGAUGAGGUGCGGGAGAUGCUGACCGUCCCACUGAUCCGCGCGGCUGAUGAGCUUGCUGCGCGGCAGGUGGGGGAGACGUAUGUGGGAUCAUACAAAUCCGCGUCUGCAGAAGGGGGCGCCAAAUUCACACUAACGUACACGCCGACUCAUGGCCUCGAGAUCAGCGAGUGGGUUGUAAACUCCACAGACGUGCUCGAUUUUGUAUCCGAGCGCUUCCUUUCCCCUACGAGCACAGCCUUCCACGCUCAGUUGAUUCCCUCCGGCCUCUACAGAGACGAGGAGAAACAGGUAGGAGAGGUAUGGAGGAUCGCGAACGUGGUUGACAAAGAGGCUUCCACGGCCGUGUGGGAUGACUUCUACCUCACUGACGUAGAUCGCAUGACAUAUGCAGGCAGACAGUUCAGUGAUGUUGUUUUCUGGGAUAAGGAUGAGAAGACUGGUAUGUUUGGGAAGGUGGAGUUGACGGCCUUUGGGGUCAAUGUGACACGUGUGCUGGAUCAGAAGGCAGAAGAAGCCUCAUAUGAAAGACAGGAACUUUGA